AUGCUGAGCCGACUGAUGAGCAGCAGCAUCAGGAGUCUGGACAGGGAAUGCAACUGCACUGUGAGACUGCUGGACGACUCGGAGUACACCUGCACGAUUCAGCGGGAUGCCAAGGGACAGUAUCUGUUUGACCUCAUCUGCCACCACCUCAACCUGCUGGAGAAAGACUACUUUGGCAUUCGAUAUGUUGACCCAGACAAGCAGAGACACUGGUUGGAGUUUACAAAGUCAAUCGCCAAACAAAUGAAAUCCCAGCCUCCAUUCACCAUGUGUUUGCGUGUCAAGUUUUACCCACCAGACCCUGCUGCCCUGAGAGAGGAAAUCACCAGAUAUCUCGUCUUCCUGCAGGUUAAGAGGGAUCUUUACCACGGUCGCCUCCUGUGCAAGACGUCAGACGCGGCUCUGCUGGCUGCUUACAUAUUACAAGCUGAAAUCGGCGACUACGACCCCGGGAAACAUCCAGAGGGCUACAGCUCCAAGUUCCAGUUCUUCCCCAAACACUCAGAGAAGCUGGAGCGGCGGAUUGCUGAGAUCCACAAGACUGAGCUGAUAGGUCAGACUCCUGAGACGUCAGAGCUCAACUUUCUCCAGAAGGCUCAGAUGCUGGAGACGUACGGAGUGGACCCGCAUCCAUGCAAGGAUGUGUCUGGCAACCCAGCUUUUCUGGCUUUCACUCCUUUUGGAUUCACUGUGCUGCAAGGAAACAGGAGGGUCCACUUCCUCAAAUGGGAGGAGGUGACCAAACUCAAGUUUGAAGCAAAGACAUUCCAUAUAUAUGCAAAUCAGAAGGAGGAUAAGAAGAUCAUACUGACUUACUUUGCACCUACACCGGAGGCCUGUAAGCAUCUGUGGAAAUGUGGAGUUGAGAAUCAGGCAUUCUACAAGUUGGAGAAGUCGAGUCAAGUCCGCACUGUGUCCAGUAGUAAUCUCUUCUUCAAGGGUAGUCGCUUUAGAUACAGUGGAAAGGUUGCAAAAGAAGUCAUGGAACAAAGUGCCAAAAUUAAGAGGGACCCCCCUGAGAUUCACAGGGCUGGCAUGGUGCCAAGCAGGAGUUGUCCAUCCAUCACCCACGGCCCACGUCUGACCAGCGUCCCCAGAACCAGGCGGAGAGCCGUGCACAUCUCCAUCAUGGAAGGGUUGGAGUCUCUUCGAGACAGUGCCCACUCGACGCCUGUGCGCUCCGUCUCCCAUGGCGACUCCUUCAUGUCUUCUCGAGGCCAGAUGGUGGAUGGCAGCGAGGCGAGCACGUCAGCAGUCAUCUCCGACGAGGCCUACAGCCCCUCAGACAGCGUGCUGCCUACACCAGUGGCAGAACACGGGAUGGAACCUUUGGCCCGUCACCUCAACGGCGCUCCCUGCAGCAUCGACGAGGAGAAGGAUUCAGAGGCGGGGACGUCGAAGGAGGGGCAGGCGGCUGAGUUUGGGCCUGGCAGGAGAGCAUUGCGUAUGGUCCGGAGCCGGCCGUCACCACCCAGCGACGUAGAGGAGCUCAACAAGUUCAUCCUGAGCGUGUUGCGUCUGUUCCUGGUCACCAUCGGACUGCUGUUCGCCCUGCUGCUGCUCCUCAUCAUGCUGACAGAAUCAGACCUGGACAUUGCCUUCCUGAGAGACAUCCGCAAGACGCCCGAAUUCCAGCAGUUCCACUUUGAAUACUUCUGCCCUCUGCGGCGCUGGUUUGCCUGUAAGUUACGAUGGAUGGGAGGUUUCCUCGUCAGUAAGUGAGGCCAAGUGAAAAACUGAAGAAGAGACUAAAUGACUCAACACAGGCUUCCGCUGAUGGAAAUGGGACACGUACAACAAACAGGUCAGGAAAUGAGGAGGGAAAAGGAAAAAAAGAUGACAGCCCUGUUCCUAAUACGAGCUUCUCCCAGGAAGGAGGUUCUGUCACAAGCCACGGACCGUCCCCUGAAGAGCCUUGUUUAUUAUGUUUGACCAUCACUACGAGGAAAGGAAAUCACAUUUUACUUUAGAAAUUCAGGUCAUCUCAAGGUAUUUUAUUUUUACACAAAGUCACGGUGACAGGGUUUAAUUUAAACGCUGAACCAGGUCUGACAGACACUCACUUAUUCAACCACAGAUAAUAGUUGCCUUUAUUUUUGUAUUAAUUUAUAUGUUGUAACAUUACUGUAAGACGGAACGACCUGAAGUGUUGGGGUGCGCGUUGCAAGACCUGAAAGUUUGAGUAAAGUUUUGAGAGAAGAAAAGAUGGGGGCCAGUCUAGCUCGUCAAGUUGUACGUCGACGGCAACAACGUUCACGAUAAUUAGAAGUCGCCGUGGUCGCUGUUUUGAGAUGGACCAGUGUCAAGGGGGGGGGUUAGUUAGAGAAAGUGUGAAAUGGAAAAAUAAGCAGCACUUAUUGAAUGUAGAUGAGUUCUGAGUCUGGAAUGUUAUCGCUCGUUUUAUACAAUUCUUAGGCAGAUACAAAUACACUUUACACACCUUCCUGAAUUCUCCAGAUGUGCUACACAAACGCCACAUCUCGCGUACGGAAUUUAAACUAAAACUUAGCUGCAGUAGCUAUUUGAAACAGCUGUGAUGUGGGUGCUGCCCUGUCAGCAGGCUCGAAUGAAUAUUUUUGUAGUAAGUGUGACAUUGUUCGUGGUCAGACAUCUGUUAAGUGUGCUCACAUGGCCAUUUUUUUUUUUUUUUUUUUUUUGUCCAGACACUAGAGGACUAACAAAGUUUUACCGUCCGACGACUAUAAAUUAAGCCUUCGUAAGGAUAUAAGUAAGUAAUGGAGGUUAUAGGUUUCAUUUUUAAUUAAAUAGCAGCCAAAUAACGCUAAUAACUACAAUCAACUUCUGUGUGUGAGGAACAGUUGUCACUUUGCCGUAGUUACUUUUACAGUAGAUGUAAAGGUGAUGGGACUAUGUGAGCUAGCACUGUAGUAAUAGACAAGUGUUUGGUUAGAUCUUUGACUCCCAACAAUCUGUAGAAGGAGUUCAUCUUGAUGUGCAAUACUGUUAAUAUAAAAACAACCACAGACCUUUCCGUGAAGGGAAAUUUGACCUUGUUUUUCCUUUGUAAAGUGCAGCAUUAGUGUUAUUUUCCCCUCAGUAUAUAGUUAAGAGUUUGGUUUUAGUUCAAGAGCCCAUGUUGAGUGAAGGUCAUUUAACUUUAUUUAGCCCUGCUGUGUUCGAAUUUCUGCAUUUCUCUGUAAAGGCUAUUUAGAUCAUGUUUCCAUUUUUGUACAAACUGCUGUCUUGGUAACACAUUGAGAUUUCCUCACAGUGACUUUUAAUGUACUUGAAGCAUCUUUGUUUUUACAGUGAAUAUACGGAUUUCAGCCCUGCACUCACUUACAGGAGAGCCUAAGAUAAGUCAUGUUUACGUCCUACUGCAAUCUUCAUCAUCACGCCUACCAAAGAAACCUCUGUUGUCUCAUACGUCUGUCUGCGUCAACAGAUGGAAACUAACAGUCUGCUGUCCUUCUCCAGCCUUAUUAUGAUAUUUCACAGGUUAGCCUACAGUGUGUCUUUACAGCCCAGAGCAACAGAGUUAUUUCAAACCAUAAAGUCAGUUUUGACGGUUAAGUAUUUGUCCUCUCUUCAAGCCUAAAGGCGGUUGUUUAGGUUAUAUGUACAUGUAUGUGCUGUACGCAGCGAUUAUACAACACUAUAUCUAAACGAAUGGAUGUAUUAUUUAUGCAAAGGGAGGAAUGGUUUAGGAUGGUGAUUGGCUGAUGGAUUUAGGUUACGCAGGUGCCUAUAAAUAGUUUGAAAAGUUACUGUAUUCAUAUUCAAAUCUUUCCUACAAUAAAAGAAAUCCACAGGUUGGAAGUCAACGCAAAAUGCAUCACUUCGACAGUCCCUGUAGUGUUAAAUAUCCAGCUUUAAACGCCAGUUUUAUCUUUGCACAUGAUAAAAAUCAACACAAGUAUUACUAACCCUCAGUUUUGGUUUGUUUUUGUUUUAGUUUGAAGUUGGAUGAGUAACUGAAAUAUUGACUGAUAUAUUUAUAUUUAAUAAACAAAAGCACUCAUGUUUCGGGGUUGGCUUUCAGACUUGAUAAUUUACUUAUAUUUUUGCUUUAAUUCAGAUGGUGCUCAGGGGUUUUUGAUUGAUGUUUGGUUUGGUUGUGAUCAUGUUUGAUCAUGUAUGGGGGGAAAAAAAACGGCCAGUCAAGGCAGAGAUUUUGCUUUUUUUUUUUUUAGCUACUUUUCUGUUAAUGUGUAUGAAAAAAAAAAUUACAACAUAAUCUGAGCAAUAAACAUUACAGAUUAUGUAAUGAAUAUUAACCACCAUGAACUGCAAACUAAUGUCCGUCUGUGUCUCCUAGACGUACAAAUUGUCUUUUAAAUCCUCUCGGAAGGUAGAUCAGCCUGUAGAUGCAUGUGUGAGAGGAGCCGUGGCCACUGUUCCUGACUACCCACAAUGCUAGAUAAUGCUCUGUGGUACAAAGAAACUUCUCCAGAAUAUCUAUUGUCAGAAAAAGUUCCUGUAAUUCUUGUUUGCUUGACUGAUUUUAUAGAAACUGAUUAGAUGAAAGUUUUCUUGUCAAAGUCUGUGUAAAAGAACUGAACACCUCUGACAGUACACCCAAGUUUCAUGACAAUUGAAGUGGAACAGAUCUAUUUUUUUCGCCAAUUUAAAACAGCAGAAGUAGCAUUUUCAACUACCUGAACCUUUCUUUGUGCAAUGCAGUUCAAUACACUGAUGUUAUUUUUAAUUGCCUAAAUCUGUUUCAGAUGACUUGAACUGGCAAAGUGACAAAGAGAGGUGACAGUUCCACUGACAGGCAACUCUUGUUUUCAUUUAACUGAAUCAUGUAAACAGGAAUAAGGCCUCAGACAUGGUCUUACUGUAAGCUUCCUUCCUGUACCAUGGCCCUGCACAUGGAAAUGUCUCUGUAAGCAUGUGUUCUGCAUUUAUUACCUCCAAACAAGACUGCUUAAUUCCAAUCACUGACUGAAGACUGGUGUAAUCUAUUUACGAAUAAAUAUUAUCUAUUCUUGACAUGUGGCAGCUAGUCUGGCUACAAAUUCAAUUAUGGAUUCACAGAAGAAGCAAACAAGGGUAUUAAGCUUAAUAAAACAGUCAAAAGUGAAA